CCGACACUACAUCCGGUGUGGUCGUCGGGUCCGCUAGGAGUGUGGGGUACGCUGGCCGGAAUAUCGAGCGUGUAGUCAUGUCGGCGUCGGUGUUGUCGGUCAUCUCGCGGUUCUUAGAAGAGUACUUGAGCUCCACUCCUCAGCGUCUGAAGUUGUUGGACGCGUACCUCCUGUAUAUACUGCUGACCGGGGCGCUGCAAUUCGGUUAUUGUCUCCUCGUGGGGACCUUCCCCUUCAACUCUUUCCUCUCGGGCUUCAUCUCCUGUGUGGGGAGUUUUAUCCUAGCGGUUUGUCUGAGAAUACAGAUCAACCCACAAAACAAAGCGGAUUUCCAAGGCAUCUCCCCGGAGCGAGCCUUUGCUGAUUUUCUCUUUGCCAGCACCAUCCUGCACCUUGUUGUCAUGAACUUCGUUGGCUGAAUCAUUCCCAUUUACUUAAUUGAGGCGUAGGAGACUAGAAGAAUGGGACACUGGUUUGAGCCCUGGUCCGGGAAGAUCCCACAUGCCGCGGAGCAGGUAAGCCCGUGCACCACAACUACUGAGCCUGCACUCUAGAGCCUGCGAGCCACAACUACUGAAGCCCGUGCACCACAACUACUGAAGCCCGCACGCCUAGAGCCCGUGCUCCACAACAAGAGAAGCCACCACAAUGAGAAGCCCGCGCACUGCAACGAAGAGUAGCCCCUGCUCACUGCAACUAGAGAAAGCUCGUGUGCAG